AUGGGUCGUCCAAAGAAAGUUAAAGCAGCCCGUAGCACUAAUUUUAGUAAGAAGAAAGUAACUACCUAUGAUUUAGAUAACCAAAAUAUAACUGAGGAAGAGUUUAUUUCAAAGUUGUAUUCUGAUUCUAUAGAAAUUCCAAAUGAAAAGCUACCUAAUGAGAAACCUACUGAAAUAACUUCAAUACAAGGAGACGGUAAUUGUUUGUUCAGAAGUAUAUCAUUUGUUCUUUCUUUAUCUGAAAAAAGUCAUAGAAAAGUACGACGUGCUAUAAUGAAUCAUAUAGAAUCGAAAGCUGAUUUAUUCACACCUUUGUUAAGAGAGCAGUAUAAAUCUAUUAGUGACUAUAUUAAAAGAUCUAGAAUGAGAAUGCAAGGAACAUGGGGUACAGAAUUUGAAAUAUUGGCAGCUUGUGAUUUAUUACAAACAGAUAUUUAUAUUUUUACUAAUAAUAAAUGGUUGAAAUAUCCUGUAUUACAGAUUAACAAUAGUUAUACACCUGAGGCUAUUUAUCUUCACCAUAGAGAUGAGAAUCAUUAUGAAGUGGUUGAAAAUGUUGAGAGAAGUGAACCUAUUAUAGUUAUUGAUGAUAAUGUAGAUACACAACUAUCAGGUAAAAGAAAACAUUUUAAAAAGAAACGAGGUAGUAGAUGGAAACCUAAUAAAAAGCGAACCAUUUAUUUUCAAGACUAUAAUUUAGUAAAGAAGGAACUAAAUUCUGGACAAAAAGUCAGAUUAAAUUUUAAACUUGCAUUUAGAACCAAAAAAGAAACUAAUAGUUUGAAUAAAAGGAGGAGAAAACAAUAUCAGAUUAGUUAUAUUAAAGCUCAUUUAAAAAGAAAAUAUACAAAUCAAUUAAAGUCUAUACUACAUACUCAAUAUGAAACAAUACUAAAACCAAAACUUGAAGACAAAUAUCAAAAUGUAUUGAAACCAAAACUUGAAGACAAAUAUCAGAAUGUAUUGAAACCAAAACUUGAAGACAAAUAUCAGAAUGUAUUGAAACCAAAACUUGAAGACAAAUAUCAGAAUGUAUUAAAACCAAAACUUGAAGACAAAUAUCAAAAUGUAUUGAAACCAAAACUUGAAGACAAAUAUCAAAAUGUAUUGAAACCAAAACUUGAAGACAAAUAUCAAAAUGUAUUGAAACCAAAACUUGAAGACAAAUAUAAACCAAAACUUGAAGACAAAUAUCAAACAAUCUUGAAACCAAAGCUAAAGAACAAAUAUCAAACAAUCUUAAAACCAAAGCUAAACGUUAAAUAUCAAAAAGUCUUAAAAUGGGAAUUAAAAUGUAAAUAUAUAGAUGAAAUAAAGUUAAAACUGAAGCAAAGAUUACAAAGUGACUUCAAAGACAAGUCUGUCUACCAUCAAUAUAUGUUUUUAUGA